AUGACUCUACCCCGAUGCUUAUCACUUCCAUGGCUACGAAGCCCUAAACAGCGCUCCAGUGAGUGCAUUGAAGCUCAUGAUGCCAAAAGCAGUCAAAUACUCAUAGAGAUUCAUGGCAUCUGUGUCGGCGAGAAAGAGGGCCGCGUGGCUCACAAUGUGUUUUGGGACUUGCUGUCGGCGUUCAAAUAA